UGGCUGCGCGACGUGUUCCGGCUCUGAAUGGUGCGCCAGUCCGAACGGGUGUAGCCACCUUCGGCCCUGCGGGUUAGUGGGGCGGCGGGAACCCGAGCGGCCGGCUGGGCCCCCGCCCCUCCAUCCCUUCCUAAGCCCUUGUCCGCAGAGAAGCGCUCGGAGUCCCCGGACUGUGUCCCAGUUGCGCUUCCGAACGGCGAGCCUCAGUUUCUCGGUGGCACUUGGACUCUCGCUCCGGGAGGGGACCGGUCCGCAGUCUCCAGCCGCAGAUCCGUGGACCCUCUUCUCAGACGCUUCGCGCAGCCUCAGAUUGCCUUGGAUGGUGGCCUGCGUCUGACAGUCCCAUCAGCUCUUCUCAACACUCCUGAGGCCACAGCUGUCAGCUCCUCUGACCCUCAGCAGUUACCUGGGAUGCUUGGUUGGUGUGGAAACUCCCCUCUGUUCCCAGCAUGCCCCUUGGCUGGUGUGUUGGCAGGGCCCUCACAAUCCCAUCUGGGUGGGAACCAGUUAUGCCAUUGCACACCCUGGGCAGCAGUCCCCUACCCAGUGGAUCCCUGGAUUGAGCAGCUCUGCUGUGGGGACCCUCUGUGUGUGCUUGCACAACCACGGAGCAGAAGAGCACGGCCAUUAGUGCUCCUGAUGGAUCUGCUAACCUGCCUGCCCAGAAGCCAGAUCCAGUUCUACCAGGGCGUCCAGAACCCCCAGAAGACAGAGGAGGAGAUUUCUGAGACGGAGGUGCCUGCACCCCCAGCCAGUAUGGCAGCCAACCCACUCCCACCGCCGGACCCCCAGUUUGUCCUCCGUGGUACCCAGUCGGCGGUGCAUGCGCUGCAUUUCUUCGGAGGAGCCCAAGGACAGGAGCGCCCACUCCUCCUCUCAGGGUCCCUGAGCGGGCUGGUGCACAUCUGGAGCCUGCAGACACGGAGGGCAGUUGCAACCCUGGAUGGCCACGGGGGCCAGUGUGUGACCUGGCUGCGGACACUGCCCCAAGGGCACCAGCUGCUCAGUCAGGGCCGGGACCUGAAGCUGCGCCUGUGGGACCUGGCAGAGGGCAGGAACACCGUCGUGGACUCUGUGGCCCUGGAGAGCAUGGGCUUCUGCAGGAGCUCCGUCCUCGCUGGGGCUCAGGAGCGCUGGAUGCUGGCUGUGCCGGGGAGAGGUAGUGACGAGGUUCAGAUUCUGGAGAUGCCAUCCAAGACGUCAGUGUGCACCCUGAAGCCGGAGGCCGAUGCCAAGCCGGGCAUGCCCAUGUGCCUGGAGCUGUGGCAGGCUGACUCCAGUCCCCGCCCACUCCUCCUGGCUGGCUAUGAGGACGGAUCGGUGGCCCUGUGGGACGUCUCUGAGCGGAAGGUGUGCAGCCGCGUCGCUUGCCACACGGAGCCCGUCAUGGGCUUUGACUUUGACUCCCAGAAGGCCAGGGGCGUCUCGGGCUCUGCGGAGAAGGCGCUGGCUGUCUGGAGCCUGGAUGAGCAGCAGGCCCUGCAGGUCCUGCCUGUGCCCACUGGCUCUCUGCUUGGUGGCUUGUCAGCCCUGUCACUGAAGAUGGACUUGGUGUCUCUCAUCCUCCUCAUGCUGUGGGUGUGCAGAACUCAUGAACUCACGAAUCCCGGGAUCGCUGAUGUCAAGAUCCGGCCAGACCGCAAGAUCCUGGCCACUGCGGGCUGGGACCACCGGGUCCGAGUGUUUCACUGGAGGACGAUGAAGCCACUGGCCGUACUAUCCUUCCACAGUGCCACCGUCCACUGUGUGGCCUUUGCCGCAGAUGGCUUGCUGGCUGCAGGAUCUGGGGAUCAGCGGAUCAGCGUCUGGUCCCUCUACCCGACCCACAGUGACAUGUCUGCUCCCUUGUUGGGCCACGCAGAAGGCAGGGAGGUGGGUGCCCAUGCUGUGGCCUGACCCAGGCAUGUGGAACCUCAGGACCCCUGCAACAGCCAGCCGCAGUUCCCCUCCUCCAGCUGCAAGAGGUACUUGGUCUGUGGAGUCUUUGUUUUCCGCCUAAGGUGCGUGUUUCCUUUUGUGAAAUACAGCACCGGUACGACAGUGACUCUACAGCUUACAAGAGUAACUGGGCCAGACCCCUGGGCAGCUGUGGUCCAGGUGAGAGGCCAACCUGGGCCUGCUUUACAAUAAACCUCUAGAUGCAAA